GAGGAGCUUCCCAGCGGUCUGUCAUCUGUGGGUGGGGUGUCAAAUAUCCCAUGCGGCUAUGAACGCAGCGUGCUUCACCGAGGAAAAGUGGAUUAAUUAGGUCGAAAAGUUUAUUAAAUUAGUUUAGUAUUGCUCGUGUUAGAAGGCAGUGGUUUAGUCCGACUACCGUCAACAAUAAGGAUAUAGCGAUGAGUUUUUUCUGAGCUUUCUAAAUUUUACUCUCAUUUUUGGACGAGAAGUCUCCAAAAACAAAAAAAACCCAACAACACCAUGUCCCAGCCAGAAGAGGAAGAACCCGCAGAGAAUCCGACGGUGGGCUCGGAACCGGAACCUAGAAGUACUUCAGUGAACCCCAGAGCAGUCUGCGGCGUGUGCAAACGCUUGUACCGGGAGCCCAAAAUCCUGCCCUGCCUGCACACCUUCUGCUCGGACUGCAUCGGGCAGCUGGAGCCCUUCUCGGUGCCUCCGCGGGGCAGGAGCGGGGAGGAGGCGGCCCAGAAGGACCGAGCCGCCGCCGCCUCGGUCACCGUGCUUUGUCCCGAGUGUGACGCCGAGGUGGACAUCCCCCAGUCAGGACCGGCCGGCCUCAGCACAGACCACCUGGCGCUAGACGAAGUGUUCCUGGAGACCCUGGUGAGCGACGGCCCGCUGGGCUGCGACCUGUGCGGCGAAGGAGUCGCCGAGAGCCGCUGCGACGUGUGCAGCGUGAACCUGUGCGGCUUCUGCCGCCAGGCACACAGGCGGCAGAAGCGAACAGCGUCUCAUUCUGUUCAGGCCGUGGAGGAGCUGAAGGCCCGUGGUCGUCUCUGCCGCCCCGUCCUCUGCUCCCUUCACCCCGCGCAAGAGCUGCGGCUCUUCUGCCAGCCCUGCGACCUGCCCGUCUGCCUGGAGUGCGCGGCCACGCUGCAUCGGGACCAUCGCUGCCGUCCGGCACACGACGUCAUCGACCAUCACGGUGACCGGAUCCGAGAGCUGGUCAGCGUGCGCCUUCGACCUCGUCUGGAGCGACUGGAGGAGUCGCUGCAAAAGCAGGUGGAAAUUUCCCAAGAAAGCUUGCAGGUACGAGUCGACGCAACGGCCAAUGAAAUUAGAGCUUUUGCACGAGGCUACGCCAGUGCUGUGGAGGCCCACUGCUUGUCUCUGCUGCAUCGCCUGGAAGAGCUCAGGGUGCAACGCAGGAACCACCUCCACCUGCAGAGGGCGCAGCUGCAGCAGGCCCUGCUGGACGUCCGAGGGAGUGUGGAGUUUGCAGAGCGGCUGUUGAGCUGCGGGUCCGACGCCGAGAUCCUCAGUGCCAAAGGAGUGACUCUGAGAAGACUGACCAGCCUGGCAGAGAGAGGAUGUGACCCCCAUCCAGCAGCGGUUGCCCCGGAUGACGGCGGCAGCAUUUACUUCAUGCCCAGGGAGCCGGCAGGAGAGGUGGAGGGCUACCCGGUGGUGGGGGUGAUCAACUCAAGGACGGUGGACGUCAGCAGGUGCACCGUUGAAGGAGAAGGUUGCCAGCAGGGAAUGGAAGGCCAGCAGGAACACUUCACUCUGGUGUGUCGCGACUCUGCUGGGGAGCAACUGGCUCGAGGAGGAGAACACGUCCUGGUCAGCAUCGUCCACAGAAAGAAGAAAAACUGCACAGUGGAGACGACAGUGGCAGACAGCAAUGAUGGAAAAUACCGUGUCUCAUACAAACCUGAGGAAGCAGGAGAGUAUUCUGUCUGGGUUUGUGUCAGAGCCCAGCAUAUUAAGGGUUCUCCGUUUAUUCUGAACGUGAAGAGGAAGUUCAGACACCACAGUGGGACUUUUCACUGCUGCUCCUUCUGCUCCAGCGGAGGCGCCAAAGACGCUCGCUGUGGCUGCCCCGGAACCAUGCCAGGAGGAUUUAAAGGCUGCGGCCACGGCCACAAGGGACAUCCCGGGAAGCCUCACUGGUCUUGCUGUGGCAGCACCGUGGAGAAGUCCGAGUGUUUGCCUCAGAGCAUAUAUGCUGCGGUUUCACCUGGUGGCCACCUGCGAACUGUGGAGCUCUGACGUGAUGAGAUGGGGGAAGAUGACGCAGAUCCUUGAAAAGCAGCAAGGAUCAGGUUGUAGGUGCAACUUUUUUUGGCAUACUUAAAAAAGGUCCAACAAGGAAAGAGAGACUCUAAAGACACAGUAAGGGACUGAUGCAGGACCAUCACCGCGGCGGCGUGUUCACUUCAACUCCCAAACACUGGGGGUCUGUCCAGCUCCCCCAGGAAGAAAAUAAAGGACAUUUGUGAAAACAGACUUCACCGUGGUUACCGAGGACACACAGUCUCUCCUCUGGUCUCAGGCUGCUGCUGUAAAUAUCCGAUGUAACAGAAUACAUCAAUAAUAUACAGGAUAUUUAGAACCAAUCCUACUGCUGUACAUGUUUGGUAAAAAGGUCCACACAAGACUGCAAUAACUUCUGUUUCUCAUCACUGCUACACUAAAUAUUUAGAUGCACCUUUAUCCUGUAUCUCCAAGUGUUCCAACAUAGUAAUUAUCUAAUUCACCAAAUAUGAUGGACUGUUUUAAUUACAGUGAAGCAGUAAGGUAUUUGGACAAUGGUAGAAUAAUUAUUGCCUUUGGUGAAAGUACAGAUAUUUUUGAUUAUCUAAAGUGACCUUUAAAAUCUAGAUUUUCUUUUUUAAUGAAAAAAA